GAUUGCGCAGGCGCAGAGUGUAUACGUACUGAAAACACGGAAGGUCCAACACCAUAUUCCCAAACAGAGGCUUCUACGCUGUAAACUCUUUAUAAAACGUCGUCGGAGCGGCCCUAGAAUAAGCCAAGUGCGGUAUUGUUUUAUUUUGGCAGUUGCGGUUUAAGAGUGAUGCCUGUCGAGUAGUUGGGCCUUUUCUGCUUUUCUGCUUCAUCUGAAAGCAAACCGCUGAAGAAGAUGCCCGCUCGUAAUGUUGUGUCCAACGGGAUCCCUAACAGCAAAGUUAGGUAUUCCAGGUUAGCCACUGACGACGACGGCUACAUUGAUUUACAGUUCAAGAAGAGCCCACCCAAGGUCCCAUAUAAAGCCAUCGCACUAGCCACGAUCCUUUUCCUAAUCGGCUCGCUGUUGAUCAUCAUCGGUGCUCUUCUCUUGGCUGGCUACUUUGGCGUCACUCACACAGACCGGACCGUGCCUGUCCUCAUCAUCGGGAUCCUUGUCUUCCUGCCUGGAUUUUACCACCUACGGAUAGCUUACUAUGCAUCAAAGGGCUACCCGGGGUACUCUUAUGAUGACAUCCCAGACUUUGAUGACUGACCAUUGCUAAAGCCCCAGUCCUGCUGCGCUUACAUGUAGUGAAUUUAAAGUCGUGAUAUAUUUAAAGAAAAUGAGAUCCCUUUUUUUUUUGUUUUUUUCAUAAUUGUUUUUAAAUUACAAUAUUGUUCUUAUAGAUUUUUCUACCUAGGUUCUUAAUGCCAGGUUGCUAAUAGCAACUGUUUUUAAAAAAAAAUUAUCUUUGUAUUUGUUUUAUAGCUUGAUAAAUGAAUAAAAAAGAUUUGUAUUAUUUCUUUUGAUUUAUAUAAAACCAUUUCAGUUUGUUUAUAGAAUAUUUUACCUUAUGUAGUACAACCAAUGUGGCCACAUAUAGUGAGUCUUUUAACUGCUUCACUACAACCAGUUUUUAUUUUGUGUAUUCUUUAGGUAGAUCCAUCAGUUCAGUGGCAGAGAGAAUAAAUAAUUUAAAACUAAAGUAGCUGCAACCAACAUAACAAAUACCUGGUAUACCUAUUAUAUACACAAUAUCACCUCUGUGGCAUAAUAAUGAUAUUUAAUAAAAGGCUAGUAUUGUGUCUUCACAUCCCGUGUAGUGAAGAUUGCCUCGCCCUAGUUAAUGCUU